GUCGCAGCGCGCUCCAGCGCUUACGUGCACGCACACAGAUGAUAGAGGGAUGUAUCAACUCUUCUUAGUGUAACGGGGAAAAUUAGUUUAUGAUGAAUUGUGCCAAAAUGUCUAUUAAUCUUGUAUAUUAAUUCUAAAAUGUUAAUUGAACACAAUGUGUUAAGUGCACCUGAUGGGAUAUAGCGACACCCGCAGGAGACUAAAGAAAAUUGUGAAUUGUGUCGGCCAUUUUCUCCUCAGUCAUUGUAAGCUGUUGAGGAGGAUGGUAGGUUUAAAUUCUCUCUCCGGUCAAAUGCAAGUAAAAUGUUGUUAGAGAUGAUUUUAUUUCUGCUAAGGUUCAAUAUUGUUCUCUAAAAGGGUAUUUCAUAUUGUAGAUACGCCAAAAGAGAUGAAGUUGAUGGAAAUGUAAAGUUUUAUACUGAAUUCACUGUUGAGUGCUUUAGGAGCACAUGGCAUUUCUUGUGUUUCAGUCUCUGUAUUUUCUCAUUGCUUAUUUUCUGUAUAUUUUAUUCAUUGUAUAUUUAUUUUUGGCAGUUAUGUGACCGGAUGAGUUGUAAUUCACUCCUGUGCGGUGUUAUUUCAUAUAUUCCAGGUAUGAUGUACUAAUGUUUGUGUACUGUGAAGGAAAAUUAGAACAUUCCCACAUCCGCAUAUCCUUGAAAUAUGAAUAUUAACCGUGCUUUGAAUAAUCAUGAUUUUAUUAUUGCAUUAUUAAUGAUUGCAUUGCCUUUAAUCAUAAAGAUUUUAAGAAUAGCUUUGAGUAUUAACCUUUAGCAUAUAGUACUAAAGUGAGAAUAGUCUAGCAGACUUAGAGAUAUGAUUCCAUUGUAUAUGGGUUUUGAUAGUUGACUUUUAAAUGUCAUGUGCAAAUUUAGCAGGCUUGGAGUUUUUUCGGUAUGUAUGUAUGUAUGUGUGUUUUUUUUAACUUUUGCUUUGCAGAGACACCUGGGGAGAAAAACAGGAUGUCGGAGCGACAGGGUGAAAUAACGGUCAUAGUUAUUUAUAACAGGAUGAACUUCUAAAACAGAAGUACAACUUUCCAUCAAACGGGUCUGGUGAACCUUUAAGAAAGAAGUAAAACUUUCCAUCGAACAGGCCCCCACCCAAUUGCACAUAUAUAUAUUUUGGGUCAGAGGGAGAGGCAGAUCAGAUCAACCGCUUCUCGGGGGAUUUGUUUCUGCAUUGGUGUUGUGUAAAGACAGGGACAGUUUUUGACCCAGAGCUCUGUAAUAUUUCAUUUGAGAUACUUAUUAAAAAUAAUUUGAUUUGAGUUACGUGUCUGAUCUCCUCAUUAAGAACAUGCAGGACGAUUAAAGUCCAACAAUUGGUGACCCCAUCGACGUGAUGAGGAGGACUGGACAUCAUUGAUUUUUCUUCUCGACAUUCCACUUGCGCAAAAUAGGAAAGGUAAGCAGAUACCUGUUAUAUCAAAAUUCUGCUUUAUUUAAAUGUCGUGAAGAAUGAUUAAUGAUAUGAUACAAUGAUUAUUGUCAUUUUUAUCUAAAUUUCAUAUAUCUCAAAUGAACUAUUAAAUGUGUCAAUAAAAUAAAAAGGGAAAUAACAAUUAUUCGGUUAAAAUAAAAUAAAAUAAAAAUUGUGAAACGAAAGAAAGGAAAUAUUGUUAUAACUGGUCCGGGACCAGGAGGCGUUUGGAACGCAGAAUUGGAAACCCGGCACUGACGAGUGUUUCGUGGGUUAUUCCAAAAUUAGGGUCCGGGACCCGAACGUGGACACGUACCACGUUGUUAACGUAGGACAAAUUUGAUAGUGUUCUGGGAACACAGAGCGGUUGGACCGCGGGAAUAGAAUACAGUAGAAUAGGACUUAGUGUUCUGGGAACACGUUGCGGUUGGACCGCGGGAAUAAAAUACGUUGCGGUUGGACCGCGUAGAAUAGGACUUAGUGUUCUGGGAACACGUUGCGGUUGGACCGCGGGAAUAGAAUACAGUAGAAUAGGACUUAGUGUUCUGGGAACACGUUGCGGUUGGACCGCGGGAAUAGAAUACAGUAGAAUAGGAUUUAGUGUUCUGGGAACACAGAGCGGUUGGACCGCGAUACAUAGAGAUUGAAGUGGGUUUCAUACCCGAGAAAGUGGUCAGGGACCACGGGCAACGCAGCGGUUGGACCGCAUAAAGAGAAAGCGAAAGUGGUAAGAAAGCCACGAAAUAGUCGAAAAUACGAAGAGAAUAUUGGUAUUUGAAAAAGUUUUAUUGUAAGCAAUAUUGUUAAGUUGUGCUAAAGAAUAGGAAUUUGAAACUUACUGAAGAUUGUACGAAAUGGCUGCUUAUUUUUAAAUGUGCUGUUUAUUUGCGCUGUUUGCUACCGGUAUAUUAUCAGCUUUACUAAGGACUGACAGCAAAUAACAUUGAGAGGAAGAAUAAACGAGAUAUUCAGGGUAAGACAUAUUUUAGUGGAAGAUAACAUGAAGACUCUUAAAGAGCAAUGGGAGGCAGCCGUAGAACAGCUUUUGAGUGGGUUAGAAGAAAGAGAAAGGCUCAAAAAGACUCAGAAAUUGCAAGAAAUGUAUGAAGAAUGGAAACAACUUAAGGGUUACGAAGAUAGGACGAAGACAAGUUUGAAAGAGCAAGUAAUUGUUCAAGAAAGUGAAGCGCACAGGAAGUUUCAGAGAGAGGACAAAAAGGAAGUGGGGUUUCUAGCUAGAAAGAAGCAUGACAAGGAAGUGAAGAGACUACGUGAAGAGUUUCAUUUGUGGCAUAGUAUGGCAGUUAGUUGUGUGGCUUUGGUACAGUUGGAUAGAGAGAGACAAGAGACAGAAAAGAAAGUAGAAAUAAAAAAAAGUGACCUUAAAGAGAAGGAAGCAAACAAAAUUCAGGAGGGGAGGGAAAUAGCAUCCAUAUAUCCAGCACUGCCACCCACUGCUCCACCUCCAUAUGCCCCGCCCCAUACACAGUUGCCAGUAUUUGAAGUACAAAAGGGUGUGUUGGACAUGGAGCAGCGGGAGGGAAAUCGCUGGAAAAUAAAAUCAGGGAAAUUAAAUUUAAUAACAGAAAACGAGACAGAGGAGAGAGAAAUAGCAAGAGAAACAGCUGAAUUGAUGAGAACACAUAGAGAGCAAGCGGCACAGGCAGAACAGAAGAUGGCAGCUCUGGAGAAAGAACUGAGGGAACAAUGGAAUAGCGUAGUACAGGAGAGGACAUUUCAACCCGGAGCACAAAGCACCCCAGGAGAAACAUUGAGUAGCAGAUUCAUAACAGUGGACGAGACUGAGAGUCAGAUAGAGGUUGAAGAACAGGGAACAUAUCCAGUUGAAAUCAGAGGAGAAAUGAAGGUGGGUAAGAGGAUGAAAGAGGAGAGCAGAUAUAACUAGAGUAUAAAGACACCAAAGAAAGUACAGGAAGGAGAUGAACAGGAAUGUAGGGAACUACAUCUCAUUCGUAGGGUACCAAAUAUCUGCCCCCUAGUGGAGACAAGUGGAAAGGUAGAAUACAAACCGUGGUCAUUCACAGACAUGGGAGCUAUCCUUGCAAAACUACCUCAUAUCACGAGUUGUGGGGGUAAAUGGAUAGGGAAGGUAAUAACUUUGACAUAAGGGCAUACAUUGGCGAUCGGAGACCUUAGAGCAUUGUUGGGACAGGAUCUGACCCUAGGACAGAUUACGGAAAUUGAGCGAGAGGCAGGAACGGUAGGAUUAUAUGAUGACUAUCCAUACUGUCGAGUUGCAUCAGAUUGGGGAAAGGCACUGCGAAAGCUGUACCCAGCACCAGCAGGCACCCUAUACAAUAUAAAAUUUUCUCCAAAAGGGGAAGAAACAGAAGCAGCAUAUCUGAGUUGAUGCAAAGGAGAGUGGGAAGAGCAAACAGGGGCUCAUCCACAUUCAGAUAGAAUACAGGAACAAAUGUUCAGAGCUGCUGUAUUGGAAGGGACUCCUAAAUCUGUACAGGAUGAAAUAAAAGCCAACCCCGACUUACCAGGUGCUUUAUGUGAGGUUUGGGAACGACAUUUCCUUCAUCACAUGUCUAGGGCGAACGAAAAAGAAAAAGAAAAGGUAGGGGAAGUAGAGGAAUUGAAAAAACAGUUGCUAAAAUUACAGUUGCAGGAAGCAAGAUCUAAAUUAAAUGAAGAAAAAGGGAAAAAGAAGGAUAUACAAAUGGUAGUUCAGGAGAUGAAAGCCCCUCCAAGAUAUAACAAAGAACAGGAAGUUGACCCAUCAAAUGUUAAAUGGGAGAGAACCACCCAAAGACCAAUGUAUUACUCCAAUAGAGGUAAGGGUGGGGAUUACAAUAGGGGGAGGGGAAGAGUGCAGUAUCAGGAAGGGUGUUUCCGUUGUGGUCGUCCGGGACACUUCGUCCGUGAUUGUCGGCAACCUGAACUCGGAGCCCAACAGAGACCGUCUCGGGGCAGAGGCCAUAACCCACACAUGGCCCCUAACGUGGAAAAAGCACCACGACCACACUCGCAGUACCCUUUGUCCACUGGAGGGGAAAGGGAGUGGUACUGAGACAGCCCACGGAACGACCUCAGCAGGGUCAGGGCGGAACCCUUGCUGACUUUGGAGGUAAACACACGUCCUGUUGAAUUCCUGGUGGAUACUGGGGCAACAUACUCCACACUGAACUUUGAACUUCCAAAAAAUCUUAUUUCAGACGAAACCACUGAAGUAAGGGGGUUUUCCGGGGCUAUAACUAGACUGCCAUUCUCCAAAGAACUCACAGUGCAGUGCAUGAAAAAACAAUCAUUGACUCACUCUUUUCUGCUGUCAUAUUCCUCACCGACAAAUUUGUUGGGAAGAGACUUGCUAGUGAAACUUGGAGCUGAAAUCCUAUGCAGCCCGGAGGGGAUUAUAGUAACUGUGAAAAAUGGUAUCACCAUGAACUGUUCCAUCAUGACCACAAUGAGAACGCAUGGACAAUGGUUACUUUCUGCAAACACCUCUCCACAGGGAGCUGACAUUUACUGGGGGAGGGUGCUUCUGGGGGACACAGGGGACACCCUGAACGAUCUGUACUCUCAAUGGGAACCUUGGAUAUUAUCAUUAGCGCCAUACACCCAGCUGAUAGAUCCACUGCAUGUCACUCUGUUUUAUGAUAGAACACAAGAGUACUGGUACCAAGAACAAUUUGAUAACAUUGCAGGAGAACAGUGGGAAAUUUUUGGGGCAGGAAUAUUGAUAGGCAAAGAGGGAGUGGCAGGUAUUGUAGAACUUACCCCCGAACAGGAACAAUGGUACAAAAUAAGGGAAGAGGCAUCACCCCAUAUAUCACUGUUAGUACACCCCCAACACCAAGCUAAAGAUCUAGGACCAAUGGUAAAGAAGGGAAUACACUUAACAGAUUGGAGGGAAACCCAACUUCCUGGUGUAAAAUAUUCAUCUAGCUCAGGGUAUUAUUUGAUCACACAGGAAACAAAAGACACUAUAGUGUUGGAACACGAAUGGCUCACAAGAUGGCAUGGUAGGGAGAAAAGUGAUCAUGAAGAUGCUGAAACAAUGUUGAAAAGUUUGCCCGACCAGUUAUGGACUCAGAGUCCCACAGAUGUAGGGUUUUGUAAAAUUACCCAGAAAUUUUGUUCGAGCUGACAUGUGAUGAUCCAAUUUGGAGGCCUCAAUAUAAGCACAAACCAAAGGCAGAGGAAGGUAUCAAAGAUACCAUUGAAGGUUUGUUAACCGCAGGGGUUUUAGAAUAUGCUGAUUCCAAUUGGAACACACCCAUUCUGCCUGUGGAAAGACAAAACACAGGAAAAUUCAGAAUGGCACAUGAUUUGAGAACAAUCAAUCAAAUCAUGAAAACUACAACUUUACCUGUUCCAAACCCAUACACUUCUCUGAAUGAAAUCACUCAAAAUCAAUCAUGGUAUACUUGCAUCGAUCUCGCUAAUGCUUUCUUCUGUUUACCCCUUGCAGAGCAUGUGAGAAACAGUGUUUGACCGUACUCACCGGACAAUCUGUGGUAGGUUUUGUGAAUUCGUCAUCAUUUACAUUUUCCACUCUGAGACAAAGAAAGUUGGAAAACUUGUCUCGCACAACCAAAUUUGGUUUUCACGCAUGAGGGCAUAAACAUGGCCUCAUAUUGGACAGAAGGAGAACCCCAUGACUGUUGUAUGACCGUGGAAAGGGAAGAGAAAAUUAGACCAGAUUUGUUGACACACAUCAUUCCAGAAGGAGUUAUGGUGUUUUCAGAUGGAUGCUGUUUCAGAGAUUCAAGUGGAACACUGAGGUCAGGAAUAGGUAUUGCAGCACUGCAAGAGGAAGAGAUUGAAAUAUUGAUAGCAGAACCUUUACAGGGACAUCAGUCAGCUCACAGAGCAGAAAUUGUGGCAAUGACAGAGGCGCUAGAGUGGGGAGAAGGAAAAAUAAUCAACCUUUUUAGUGACUCUGCCUAUGCAGUGGGUGCAGUUGUAACAGAAUUACCUAAGUGGAAAAGAUGUGGUUUUAUGGCAGCUAACAACAAACCUAUUAAACAUCAGGAAGACAUCAUAGCAUUAGCUAUCUAUUUUGAAACCCAAGCAGGUGGCAAUCAUAAAAUGUAAAGGUCAUGAUAACAGUAACUCAGAUGCGGCACAGGGUAACCGGAUAGCCGACAUGGUGGCAAAGCAAGGUGCAGGGUACGUCACACGAAUGGUGUUACAAGAUGCAGAACAGAAAGGUACCAAUAACAUUUUACCUGACCCAGACAUAGCAGUAGAACAACGCAAAGCCUCAUCUGAGGAAAAGUCUAUGUGGCUUCACAAAGGGACGGUACGUUUAAACAGUGGCUGGGUGGGACCUGACGUAAACCAGUUAUUCCACCUAGUAUGAUAAAACCCCUUAUCACUCAAGCACACACCCCCUCACAUGCUGGAAUCAAACAAACCAUUUCCAAUCUUAACCAGUGGUGGCACCCAUACCUGGCUGCUACAGUUAAAGAAUUUAUCGCUAACUGCAGGGUGUGCUCCAUACACAAUGUAUGUGCUGGAGUGAAAUGUGCUGCAGGUGUCUUCCCGCCACGGGGACCUGGUGAGGAAGUGGUUAUCGAUUACACAGACAUGGGGGAGAGAGUGGAAGGUAAACGUUAUCUUUUAGUUUUCGUGAAUGUGUUUUCAGGUUGGCCAAAGGAGUGGCCCACGGGGGAGGAAGAUUCGAUUUCGGUGAUUAAGUGUUUGAUUAACCAAUACAUUCCGCGUUACGGUUUUCCGCGAAUAAAUCGCUCAGACAACGGUACAAAUUUUAAGAAUGCGGAUUUACAAAAGGUUGAGAGUGCACUGGGAUUGCGUUUCCGUUUCGGGACUGUAUACCAUCCUAAAUGACAGGGAAAAGUUAAACGUAUGAAUCUUAACCGCAUGACCUCAUUUAAACCAUUUGAACUUCUGACGGGUCGUUCAUUUCCUGGUCCGUUCAAACCAGUGCACCCUGAACAAAUAAAAAUCUCGAUCACAGAACAUAAUUAACCAAACUGAAUGAUAUUGUUUCAAGUUUUUCCAAACAGAAAACCAUCUCUCAUGCACAUCCAGAUGCAGAAAUCACUCAAUUGGCGGAUUGGGUGAUCCUACGGGAUAUGGUAAGAUUGGACCUGCAGGAACUGCAGGACCAAAAGGGGGAAUCCAACACAGGGGAACAACAACAGGUUGACAUUUCACAACAGCAUGUUGACAUUUCCCAAAAGAACACAAAACUAACACUCAAAGAACUAAAGGGGGACUUAUUCAACAGUCCAGAACAUGAAGCAUUAGCUCACUGCAUUAGCAAAGAUUGUGCAUUUGGGAAAGGAAUAGCAUUGGAAUUCAGAAAAAGAUAUGGAAUAGACAAAGUAGUUAGACAACAGAAAGUGGUGGGACAGUGUGCGGUAACACAGGAAGGGCAAAGAACAAUCUUUCACCUGAUAACAAAAGAGAAAGCCAAAAAUUUGCCAACAUACGACACAUUGAGGCAAUAAAGGAACUCAAAAAACACUGUGAAGAACAAAGAGUAAAAAAGUUGGCUAUACCCAGGAUUGGGUGUGGUUUGGACAGACUAGAGUGGGAAAAAGUAAGGGAUGUAAUCAAAGAAGAGUUCCAAAACACAGACAUAAUCAUUACACUCAAAAAAAUGAUUCAAGCCCUUCUUAGAAAUGACACAUUAAAAUUGUGUUCAAUAAAUGUAAAAUACCUCAUUAAGAGCAAUAAGUAUAUAUAUUUAAUUAGUAUAACACAAAAUAAAUAUGUACUAUAAUUUAUUGAUUUCUUUUUAAUUGCGUUAACACAAUAAGUUUGAGUCUGGGUUCAGGAAAAAUAAUUUCCCAGCAUGCUUUGCAUGCAACUGCUUUUGGUGAGUAAUUUUUUUUAAUUAAGUGUUAUUUUAUGCAUUUUUAGGUAAAGAGAAAGACUUAAUAGUGUUUAAUGUCCCUUUAUCUUAUUGAUUUAGAAGUGUUUGUGUAAUUUUUUUUUCAAAUUGUUUGGUUACCAUCAUGCAAAAGAGUGGCGCUUGUGGUUAGGUUGUGGAUGGGACAUAUUUCUCUCAAUGAGCACUGACUGUGUUAAUGCCUGUUUGGAGAUCAGUCUCUUCUCACAUGCUCAUCCAAAGUAUCAAAUGUCAUUAUUAUUAGCAUGCUAACAUGUGCUUAUGCUAAUUGGUAUGAUAUAAAAGUGUUUUAUAUAAAAUAACAGAAUUGAGUUCUUCAGACUACACUACAUUGAGUUAUUCAAACUAUGCUAAAUUGAGUUAUUCAGACUACACUAAAUUGAGUUGAGGCAACUAAUUGACUAUUGCCAUUUACUUUAAAUUGAGUUGGACCAACUCAAUAUAUUUUCAUUGGGUAAAGUAGUUUUUUAUGAGUUAGGGGUACACAUUCAUAUUGGAUGGAAAUCCUGCCCACAAUUUUAUUGAGUUAAUCCAAUGAAUAAUUUUUUUUGAGUGUACUGUGUAUGUAAGGGAAUAAUACGUGAAAAAGGGGAGAUUGUGAAGUAUUUUACGAGUUUUAAAUAUUUUAAAUUUUUAUUUUGAGAUUUUUCAGAUAUUUUACAUUUUUCCAUUUUGAGAGUUUUCAAAUAUUUUACGUUUUUCUAUUUCAUGAUUUUCAAAUAUUUGACACUUUUCUACUUUCAGAUUUUAAGAUUUCACAUUUCAAUAUUUUACAACUUCCAAGUAUUUUACAAUUUACUAUUUUUGGUGAUUUGGCGUUACAUUUUACCAUUCUCAUGAGUUUCAAGUAUUUUACAUGUGACUAUUUUUGAGAAUUUCAAAGAUUUUUACAUUUUUCUACAUAUUGUGAUUUUCAAGGGUUUUUCAGUUUACAAUAUUUUAUGAUUUUCAAAGGACUUACACUUUAAAAUAUCCUUUUGUGAGCAUUGUUGAAAAUAUUUGAUGACACAUCAAAAUAUAAAAAAAAACAUCAUCCAUACUUCUUUCAGGAGUAUUUUUGAAGACAUCAUAACAUCGUUGUACAUUUUUAUUGAUUAUUUUACGUGGACAUUUUGAAGAUAUUUUACAAUUAUCUUGAAUUAACAUAUAUUCUUGUGGUAUAGAUUUGCAGGCUUAACAGUUUACUUUUAACGUGUGUGUUUUGAAAUUAUUUUACAUCCAGUUUGACUAUAUUUUACAGCCUUCAUCUAUAUUUUUACAAAUGUUUCAUAGUUCUUUUAUUUCUGGGAUAUUUUACAUUUUUAUUGAGUGACAGUUUUAGAGGAAUAUUUACUAUACUUUGGUUAUAUUUGAGUGUGUGGAGGAUAUACUUUUGCUAUAUUUUACAGGAUGUUUAUAAUACAUGUUCACCAAAUAUUUCACAGUUCUUUUAUGAUAGUCUAUAUUCUAAGGUUUGUGCCUAUCUUUUUUAGAAAAUUUUCAAGCAGAGAUAAUAUUUACAAGAAAUCCUAUAUUUGCGGUAGUGCCUGUUUAAAAAAAUAAACAAACAAAUAAAUAAACUGACAAAAAUUCAGGGAUUAAGAACCCAUGUAAUAGCUGGAUGACAAAAUGGUUUGGGCAAUACAGCAUGCUGAUAACCUCAUUGAUAAUGUCUAUUGCGGUGGCGGCAGUAAUACUGGUAAACUGUGGGUGUUGUUGUAUUCCAUGUAUCAGAUCUUUGUGUAACAGGUGGAUCGUGAAGACGGUGGAGGGGAAGGAUCCUCCACCGUAUCAGAUGCCACUGCUGGGAGCAGUAGGGCUAAACGAAGAAGAACCAAAGGAGGAGGAGUCAGAGGUUGAUCUCCUGUAAAGGAGAUCAAAAGGGGGAAUGAAGGAAAAUUAGAACAUUCCCACAUCCGCAUAUCCUUGAAAUAUGAAUAUUAACCGUGCUUUGAAUAAUCAUGAUUUUAUUAUUGCAUUAUUAAUGAUUGCAUUGCCUUUAAUCAUAAAGAUUUUAAGAAUAGCUUUGAGUAUUAACCUUUAGCAUAUAGUACUAAAGUGAGAAUAGUCUAGCAGACUUAGAGAUAUGAUUCCAUUGUAUAUGGGUUUUGAUAGUUGACUUUUAAAUGUCAUGUGCAAAUUUAGCAGGCUUGGAGUUUUUUCGGUAUGUAUGUAUGUAUGUGUGUUUUUUUUUUAACUUUUGCUUUGCAGAGACACCUGGGGAGAAAAACAGGAUGUCGGAGCGACAGGGUGAAAUAACGGUCAUAGUUAUUUAUAACAGGAUGAACUUCUAAAACAGAAGUACAACUUUCCAUCAAACGGGUCUGGUGAACCUUUAAGAAAGAAGUAAAACUUUCCAUCGAACAGGCCCCCACCCAAUUGCACAUAUAUAUAUUUUGGGUCAGAGGGAGAGGCAGAUCAGAUCAACCGCUUCUCGGGGGAUUUGUUUCUGCAUUGGUGUUGUGUAAAGACAGGGACAGUUUUUGACCCAGAGCUCUGUAAUAUUUCAUUUGAGAUACUUAUUAAAAAUAAUUUGAUUUGAGUUACG